GUGUGUGUGUGUGCGGCUCUCGGGUUAAAGUGUGUGUGAGCUGUGAAGGUCGUUUCAUGUUCGGACACCAAACAAACUUCCUGUUGUCCGGACCGUAGCGUUAGCGUUAGCAUUAGCAUUAGCAUCAGCAUUAGCAUUGUCAUUAGUUUUAGCUUUAGCUUAGCUUAGCUUAGCUCGGCUCCGCUCGGCGCACGGGGUUCCUCUGAGGCUCAGGCCGUCCUGCGGGCUCUGCUGGCAGGUGAGGCUCCAGGUGAAGCUCCAGGUGAAGCUCCAGGUGAGGCUCCAGGAGCUGACCCCAGGCCAGCCGGGGUCGUGACCUCUGGACACGCCCACUGAUGCUCUCCUCUGGUUGGCUGACGCCGGCUGUCAGAAUGCAGCUGGCCUAUGAGAAGCUGCCGGGUCGUUUGAGGUGGAGCUCACGGGCCCAGAGGCUGGCGGCCGCGCUGCUGGUCACCUACGCCGCCAGGAAGCUCUGCCCCUACGUGUGGAGGAGGAUUCAGAAGAGAUCAGAGGGUAAACAGGUGGGAGGAGCCAAUCUAUGUGUGGGCGGAGUCGGCACCUCCCAGAGCUCACUGGACAAAGAUGGAGGGAAGAAGAGCCGUGACAGCAGGGCCCCUGCAGUGGACAGGGUGUUCCUCCUCAGGCUGUCCCGGCUGCUGAAGCUGUUGUUCCCCCGGCUGCUCUGUCCCGAGCUCGGCCUGCUCGCCCUGCACUCGCUCGCCCUCGUCUGCAGGACCUUCCUGUCCGUGUACGUCGCCACGCUGGACGGUGUGAUCGUCAGGUCCAUCGUGCAGAAGCGGCCCCGGGCCUUCGCGCUGCAGCUGUCCCGCUGGCUGCUGGUCGCCGUGCCGGCCACCUUCAUCAACAGCCUGAUCCGCUUCCUGGAGGGACGCCUCGCCCUGUCCUGCAGGAGCCGCCUGGUCAGCCACGCCUACCAGCUCUACCUCACCAACCAGACGUAUUACCGUGUCAGUAACCUGGACAGCCGUCUGUGUGACCCUGAUCAGUCUCUGACUGAGGACAUCUCUGUGUUCUCCGCCUCCGUCGCUCACCUGUACUCCAACCUGACCAAGCCUGUGCUGGACGUGGGGCUCACCUGUUACACCCUGCUGAGGACCGCACACGCCAAGGGGGCCAGCACCACGUGGCCCUCCCUCAUCGCUGGCCUGGUGGUGGCGCUCACGGCGAAGGUUCUGCGUUCGUGCUCUCCGAGCUUCGGGCGGCUGGUGGCGGAGGAGGCGAGGAGGCGGGGCCACCUGAGGCACCUGCACUCCCGCAUCAUCACCAACGCCGAGGAGAUCGCCUUCUACGGCGGCCACAAGGUGGAGCUGUCCCAGCUGCAGCGGGGCUUCGGGGCGCUGGCUUCCCACACGCAGCAGAUCCUGCUGCAGCGCCUCUGGUUCGUCAUGUUGGAGCAGCUCCUCAUGAAGUACAUCUGGAGCUCAGCUGGACUCUGCAUGGUGGCCCUGCCCAUCAUCACUGCCACGGGAUACGGCCCACACGACUCGGAGGAGGUGAAGCAGGCUGCCAUGGUGAUGAAGGAGGAGGAGCUUGUGAGCGAGCGGACGCAGGCCUUCACCACGGCCAGGAGCCUCCUGAACGCCGGGGCCGACGCCGUGGAGCGGAUCAUGAGCUCCUACAAGGAGGUGACGGAGCUGGCGGGCUACACGGCGAGGGUCUCUGACAUGUUCGACGUGUUCGAGGAGGUGAAGGAGGGGAUCUACCGUCGCUCGCCCGCAGGGGAGCAGGAGAGAGAGACAGCAGCAGCUCGACACCGACAGGAGCGCCUGGAGGCCAGAGGUCAGGUGAUCAGUGUGCAGAAGGGCAUUCGUUGUGAGAACCUGCCGAUCAUCACACCAACUGGAGACGUGGUCGUGUCCAGCCUCAACAUCCAGGUGGAGGAGGGGAUGAAUGUAUUGAUCACAGGUCCUAACGGCUGUGGGAAGAGUUCUCUGUUCAGGAUCCUGAGCGGCCUGUGGCCCGUCUACGGAGGGGUUCUGUUCCGGCCCGAGCCGGAGAACAUGUUCUACAUUCCCCAGAGGCCCUACCUGUCUGCGGGCUCUCUGAGGGAGCAGGUGAUCUAUCCGGACUCGGAGGAGGACAUGAGGCUCAGAGGAGUCGGUGAUGCUGACCUGGAGGAGAUCCUGCGCACCGUGCACCUCCUCUACAUCCUGGACCGAGAGGGAGGCUGGGAGGCGGUCAGUGACUGGCAGGACGUCCUGUCAGGAGGGGAGAAGCAGAGGAUGGGCAUGGCCCGCAUGUUCUACCACCGCCCCAGGUACGCUCUGCUGGAUGAGUGCACCAGCGCCGUGAGCAUCGAUGUGGAGGGAAGCAUCUUCCAGGCUGCAAAGGAUGCUGGGAUUGCUCUGCUGUCAAUCACUCACAGACCCUCCCUCUGGAAGUUCCACUCCCACCUGCUGCAGUUUGAUGGAGAAGGAGGCUGGAGGUUUGAGCCUCUGGACGCUUCCACCCGUCUGUCUCUACAGGAGGAGAAACGGCGUUUGGAGAGCCAGCUCUCUGGAAUUCCCAAGAUGCAACAGCGGCUGGCGGAGCUGUGUGUGCUGCUGGGGGAGGGGGAGGGGGAGGGGGGGCAGGGG